UCUCAAUCUUCCUUUUUGAGUAUAAAGUCCUUUUGAGUUUUGUGUUGUGUUAUAAAAAAAACAUGGAAAACGGUUGGGAAGACGCUAGUGAUGAGUGUUUUUUAAACGCGUAUGAUGCGUUUGUUUGCGAAUCAAGCAAUAGUAUUAAUAAUGAUAGUUUUGACUAUGGAGUGAGUGAUAGCCAAAUUAUGGUUGGUGUGGAUGGCUGGACACACAGAGUCCUCGAGGGCCCCUUAGCUACUUCCACCCAAACAAGUCCUGGAGAGAAGUCCUUUACUUCAGCUCUCACGUUAGCCGAAGAAUUUAUCAGAGAAGAUGCAGUUGACGCUCAAUCCACAAGUUUAAAGGAUUAUUUAAAGGAGACAGUCGCAAACAUUGUCUUAACAAUCAAUAACAAUUAUUCGAUGGAACAGAAUAUCAAUAUCGGCCCAUUUCUCAUGGCAUAUAGUCAUCAAGGACAAAGCGGACUUUCAGACUUCAUCCUGGAGAAGUCAUCAGAAUUGCUUUAUAACAUUUUAGAGGCCUUUUUUAUUAAAGGAGUCGAUUUGUGUGCAUCCCAAGAAAUUAAUGACUUGGAUGCAAAGGAGACGGAGGAGGAGAAUUCAGCCACUACAUCUACACCAAUAGUUACAUUGGAUGAAGAAGAGGAGCCCUCUGACAUUACAGCAGUUCCAGUGAUAACUCUGGAAGAUGAGUCAAAAGAUAUUUUUGAUUUGUCAUUAGAGGAUGCUGAAACCAAAGAAAAAAGAGCGACUGCUUUAUCUCACGAUAUGAAUAGAAUAGUUGAGGAAAUCGUCAAAAUUCAGAAGGGAAAUAAAAAAAGAGGACCGCAAAUAACUGCAAAUGAACCAUAUUAA